CGGUGCGUUCAUACACACACACUCAUACACACACGUGGUUCAGCCGGGGUGAUGGAGCGUCCUCGACUGAACCUGAUGGAGCAAAGACACAAAUAGGGGCCGCGCGGCUGCAGGAGGAACAGACACGAUAGGAUUGAACGGCGAUAGGAGGUUGUGCGGCUUGAACUAAACGAAAACACAACACUGUUUGUGGUUGUUCAUUUAUCGUUGUUUUUUUCUGAGGGCAACCUCCGAGUGUUUAACCGGAUUGAACGAAGAACUGAGGACGUUCUGGACAGAAUUACGCGGCGAUUUAUAAUGGUGGAGCCACUGCUGCGUCAAUAACAUCUGAAGUUGACCUAAAAAGCACUCACACAGCACAUUGAACAAGAAAGUCUCAAGAUGUUUGAAGAGUCAUCUCAGGAGAUGAGGGCAUUAAAUGCAGGCACUCCCAGCAGCACAAUGUCUUUUACAGAUGAAGCAGUGUCCAUAUUGACAUCAAGCAGUUUGCUUGCACGCUCUCUUCUAGGCCGAACAUCAGCACUUAAACGCAAAGAUGUCAGUCCAGCAAGCAACUCCUCAGCAAGACGCAAGCGAGAGUUCAUCCCCCAUGAAAAGAAAGACGACGGCUACUGGGACAAGCGCAAGAAAAACAACGAAGCCGCAAAGCGCUCUCGUGAGAAACGCCGUGUAAAUGAUAUGGUGUUAGAAAACCGCGUGCUAACAUUACUCGAAGAGAACGCAAGACUGCGAGCAGAACUUCUAGCGCUGAAAUUCCGCUUCGGUCUCAUUAAAGACCCCUCAAAUGCUUCGAUACUUCCGCUCACGACAGGAAGCUGCGUCCCACAACCUUCAGCGCAGCAUUACUACCUUCCACGUGGCGAUGGCGCUCACCAUACUGGCGCGAUGCUGUCAAAUCAAUCCCCCACACAAAGUGCACGAAGCAUCAGAGAUACGAGCAGCAUGUCUGAAGAUUCAGGCUUCUCUACGCCUGGUGGCUCCAGCGUAGGCAGUCCUGUGUUCUUCGAGGACAGAUUAAGCGAUCAUGGAAAACUGUCCCCACAUCGAGCGGAUGAGCUCUGCUACGAGUCGCAUCACUCCCCAUCUGAAGUUUUAGCAGUGGGAAAUCACAACAUGCCAUCCAACAGGCUCGAGUCGGUGGAUGGCAUGAAGAGUUUACCGCACAAGCUACGGUUCAAAUCUCCGGGUGGUGGCGACUGUGAAAAUCUUGGAGAUCGGCAAAGUGCUGCAAUCCCAAUCUCCAAUGCUAGAGUUCACAGCUAUACACAUGAAGGAGCGGGUUACUGGACACCGCAUGAUGGGGAAGACGCUCGGAAAGUGAUCCAGCAGCAACAUGUGAAUUACAGCCACAACGUGAACGCGAACGAAACGCAAUAUCAAGCAGAAAACAGCAUGCUGAAAUCUCAGCUCAGCUCUCUCAGCGAGGAAGUGGCCCAGCUCAAAAAGCUCUUCUCCGAGCAGCUGCUCACCAAAACUAAUUAAGACAUUGUAAAGCACUGUUAAAAAUAUCUCUUAAUUAACAGUUUCCAUUUUUUUGUUUGCCAUUUAUUUAUGGUUGUGAAUUGCAUUAUGGGAUGUUGAUCUCUACUCUGUCGAAAAUUCAACUCUACGGUUUAACAAAGUGACUUGUAGUGACAUUUUAGUAGUUUGUAAUAAUAUAAUGGAUAAGAAAUUAGGGCUGCAUAAUAUGUGGUUUCAGCAUCGAUAUCGCAAUGUGCCAAUGCACAAUAAUCACAUGGCAGAAUCUGCAAAGUCAGUUUAAGUUAUAGUUUAUUCAUCUAUUAGGAAAUAUAAGUGGGAUUAUAGUUGCCCACAUUUAUUAUAACCUUUAUUUUACCAGGAAAGACAUAUUUAGAUUAAAAAUCUCUUUUACAAGAGCGUCCUGGCCAAGAUUAGGCAGUAUACAUCACAUGGGUCAAACAAACAAUUAACAGUUAUCAUGAAUCACACUGACAAACUAUUCAAAACAUCUACAAACCUGUGUUUCAAUUUCUAAAUCAUUUACACUCUUUUAAAAGCAUUUAGUGAAAUUAAUUCUUUAAACUGCAACUUUGUAGAUUAUUCCAUGCAGAAGGUGCUGCGUAUUUAAAAGCCUUUCUUCCCAUCUCAGUCCGCACUUUAGAAACAGACAGUGAAUAAAUAUCCCGUGACCGAAGGCCAUAGCUAAGGACAGGUUUUUUACAAAUGUAAUUCUGUAGAUAUGAUGGUAGUAAACCCAAUAUAGCUUUGCAAUUAAAGAUAUGCCAAGGCUUGAGCCUAUGGACAAAGCAGACCAACCUACCCUAGUAUACAGCACACAAUCUUGAGAUUUAAAAUUAGUUAUAAAUCUUAGUGCACCAAUCUAUAGUGCAUGUCUUUGGACAUUGUGACGUUUAACCCUAAAAGUGUGAAUGUUUUUCAUUUGCUUUGUUUUUAAGGCCUUUGACUGUGAGAUUUCAAGUGUAUUUAAACCAUUUGUGCAUAACAAAUCAUUUUAAUUAACAAACAUGGUUUAUUUUUUAUAUACACCAAAGACUAUGAAGUAUGUUUUUUUACAUUUGACUAUUUGAUUUCUGUACAUGAAUACAGUUCCAGAAAAUCGUAAAACACUAUGUGUUUAAUUUAUACCCAUUAUUUGCCCAACGAAAUCAUCCCAAUAAAUAUAAAACUAUGAAUUCUUUCCAAAUUGAGCUAUACAAAUCCU